GGAGAGAGAGAGAAGGCAAAUGUUCCCCCAGCUGUUUCCUGUCUACAGUGUCUGUGUUUUGUAGAUAAAUGUGAGGAUUUUCUCUAAAUCCCUCUUCUGUUUGCUAAAUCUCACUGUCACUGCUAAAUUCAGAGCAGAUAGAGCCUGCGCAAUGGAAUAAAGUCCUCAAAAUUGAAAUGUGACAUUGCUCUCAACAUCUCCCAUCUCUCUGGAUUUCUUCUUGCCUCAUUAUUCCUGCUAACCAAUUCAUUUCCAGACUUUGCACUUCACAAGCAAUGGGAAAAGUCAGCAGUCUUCCAACCAAAUUAUUUAAGUGCUGCUUUUGUGAUUCCUUGAAGGUAAAGGUGCCCAUCAUGUCAUCCUCCCAUCUCUUCUACCUGGCCCUGUGCUUGCUCACCUUCACCAGCUCUGCCACAGCUGCACCGGAGACACUCUGCGGGGCUGAGCUGGUGGACGCUCUUCAGUUCGUGUGUGGAGACAGGGGCUUUUAUUUCAACAAGCCCUCAGGGUAUGGCGCCAAUAGUCGGAGGGCAAUUCAGACAGGAAUUGUGGACGAGUGCUGCUUCCGAAGCUGUGAUCUGAGGAGACUGGAGAUGUACUGCGCCCCACUCAAGCCUGCCAAGGCAGCCCGCUCCGUCCGUGCCCAGCGCCACACUGAUGUACCCAAGGCUCAGAAGUAUCAGCCCCCAUCUACCAACAAGAAAAAGAAGUCUCAAAGGAGAAAGAAAGGAAGUACAUUUGAAGAACGCAAGUAGAGGGAAUGCGGGCAAUAGGAACUACAGAAUGUAGGAAGACCUUCCUGAGGAAUGAAGAAUGAGAUGCCAUCACCAGGAUCCUUUGCUUUGCAUGAAUUACCAGUUCAACACCAGAAGACCCACCAAAAUAUAAGUUUGAUAACAUUUCAAAAGAUGGGCAUUCCCCCAAUGAAAUACACAAGUAAACAUUUCAAACAUUGUCUUUAGGAGUGAUUGUUAAAAGCUUUUGCACCUUGCAGAAUAAGGUCCUGGCGUUGGUAGAUUGCUGUUGAUCCUUUAUUACUGAUGUUCUACAGAGAAAAAAAUCUAUCUAUCUAUCUAUCUAUCUACAUAUAUCUUAGUCCCUGCCUCUCAAGAGCCACAAAUGCAUGGGUGUUGUCUAGAUCCAGUUGCACUAAAUUUGUCUCUGAAUCUUGGCUGCUGGAGCCAUUCAUUCAGUAGUCUUGUCUAAGUGAUUUAUUUUUUUAUUUGCAUUUCUUUGUAUGCAACACAGGCUGUUUUUUAUUUUAUUUUAUUUUACAGUGUCUAAUUACCUUGCUUGUCUAUCUCUGCCCACCCUCCUCCAUCACCGUUAUAUUUUCCAAAUUUGGCCUCCUCCCUAACAUCAGCAAGCAGUCAAGUAGCACACCAACAUUUAACCCACAAGAUUCUAUCUGCAGCAUUGGCACCAAAUAUAGGUUGGGUGCAUUUGCUGUAGACACAAGGCUUUAUUUUUCCAUAUCUUGCUAAGAAGAAAAUGCAAACAGUUGCAACUUUGAGGCCAAAUGUUCUUAGAUGUACGUGUUAAGUCCAGAAAGUCUCAAGCUCUCAACAGUUCCUUCAAAUGAUGAGUUAGUGUGCGACCUAAUUAGUAACUUCUCCUUGACUUUCUCCAUAUUGAGCACUAUGUAAAUUUCACAUAUCAACAUUACAGGAUAUAUCAAACAGUAUGUAAAACUCUCUCUCUCUCUUUUUUUAGUACAAUGGUGCUAUUUUGUAGUUUGUGAUAUGAAAGAGGCUGGCCAAAAUGGUAAAAGGUGAAAGCAAAACAAACAAAUAAAAAAGGAUGCCUGGAGCCAAAGAAGACACAGAGGGGAAGGGUCCUAGAAAUCCAGCACCUCCGAUGAUGCCUUCCAAGAGAAAUUGAAGACACAAAGGUCACUGAUGAAAAUUUGUUCAGCAAGUCCAGAGAGGAAUAGAAAAAGCAGAAGGCUAGAAAUGUAAUAAUCCUGGUUUCUUCUCACUGAUUAAACAAACAUCUGCCAACUCGGCCAUUUACUCACCACUUUGUGACCUUGGGCAAGUCAAUUCACCUCUCUGUGCCUCAGUUUCCUCAUCUGCAAAAUGGGGCAAUAUGCCAUCUACCUACCUCACAGGGGUGGUAUGAGGAUUAAAAAGAUAAAGCUCCAGAUUUUUAUCCUAAAUUGCUACGAGGGUGCAAGGUCAGAGCCCUUGAGUUACUGGGAUGCAAGGAAUUCUAUAAACAGCUCAUUCAGAGCAUAGCUAGAAAACUGAUUAGUCAAAUGCUCCUGACAUGCCAAUUUUUGUCAAUGAAGCUAUCUAAUUAAGUAUCCAACUAGCUAGUUGUUAAAAGCUAGCAAGCAGCUUGAUCUCUUUUAAAACACUUUUCAAAAUUAGAAACAAUUAAUUAACAACUUGAUUUUAAAUUCUGCACUUGGGUCCAUAAAUACAAAGUGAAAAAAGGGAAAGAAAAAGAAAAUGAAGAGAAAAACAAAAAGAUUUCUACCAGCAAAUGGGUGAUUACUCGAUUUGUUAGCACUCACUGAUUGUUCCAGGCAGUUUCUAGAAAUCUAGUAAUACUUCUUUUAAUAUUAUGAUAUUCUACUCAUUUUGAAAAGUUAUUUCAUUUUUAGGCAAUCUAAAAAAAAUGGCCCAAGAUUUAAACUAUUGAAAUAAUAUCUUAUAAAAAGUCACAGUUACUUUCUUUAAUCAAUUUUGCUUUUAUUGUUGUUGCUGUUGUUAAAAUGCAUUUGACUAGAGUUGCUCAUUUAUAGGCAAAAGUUUUCUUCAGAACUAGAAACUUUCCCUCAUGUCUGUUUAGAAGAAUGGCCCCUAUGAAUGUGUGUUAUUCAUUCAACUAAAUAAUUGGUAUUAAGAAAAUCUAAUGUUGAGAACAGGCCCAUGGUGACCUAAAAAAUGUUUCCAGCCUACAUAUCAACAAUAAAUCAUCCACCAUUUGGAUCUUUUAUCAGCCUUAAACCUUUUUGGUGAGAAGCAACCAGGUUUAUUAUUUCAUGCACAUUGUAUCCUUUUUAGUUUUGGGAAAUAUAUAUAUAUAUGGAAAACAAAAAUGACAUGUGUAGUUUUAUCCCACUGGUUCACCUCAAGAUCCAGUGGCCAGAACUAAAAAAUAAUAAUAAUUAAUUAAUUAAAGAAGACUUCCUGGAUCUCAGAACAUAUGCAAAAAGAAAGCCUAUUUAGUGGGUGCCCCUGCUCAACGAGCAUUUUAACCCUCAGUGCCCAGUGCUAUUUGAAUUGAGCAUCUCUGGUGUACUGAGUGGUAUUCUAAUCACUGUGGACAGAUGUCAAAGGAACUACAAGUCAUUUUUGUCCUUCAUCUGUUUCCACACAUAUGGAUUUUGUGGAGUGACGUGCUGAACUCCUCUUCCCAAAAUGGCACUUCUAAUUUUAUUUCUUGUUCCUAGAAUGCACCUUUUAAAACCACUGACUCCAGAAACAUUUUACAUGUAUGCUCCUGCAGACCUAGCAAGAUAGGGUAAUUUUAUGAGUAUCUAUGACUUAACUUGAUUCACUUAGCAAUUCUAUUCACAGCCCAGAUACCCCAGUAAGGAAAGCUUAAAUAGACAAAAAGACACCAUCUUUCUUAACUUUUUCCAACACAUGGUCCUCUCCAACUACAUCAUAAAUCAACAAAUUAAAAAGUAACUAGUUGUUAUACUAACUCAGUAUCUUAUUUGCAAAUGAAUUAAAACUAGAAGACAACUUGAUGUAAACUUCAAAAAGUUAGUUGACCCACAUACACUACAGCAGAAUGUCCCAGGGUUGACAGAGAGGGAGCACCUAACAUUUCACAACUCAAAACUUCAUAAGCUUUGCUUUAAAUUUUAAAAUGAGAAAUUUCAGGAUGUUUAUGAAAGAGCCAUGCCUACUGGUAGGAAUUACCAUUCAAUGUAUAUUCUUUCCAAUUUAAAUGACAAUAUAGAAUACCUAAGUCAAAUUUCUACUCCAGCUCCCUCACAUAGGAGAACAGCACUAUUUGAACAUUUUAAGAUGAGGAGGCUCCUCUGAAAAAGCUAAUGAAUCUUUCUAUCAGAAUCCACUCUUCUAGACCUAAACAACAAAAAAAAAAACACCUCUCCCAACACCUCUCCCCCCGAGAGCCCAAUGGAAUACUUAAAAAAAAAAAAAAAAUAGUAAUAAUAACUUCCUGGAAAAAUAAAAAAAUAAAAAAGCCUGGCCACCUUGAGAAUCCUUCCCCUCCUGGGAAUGCCAAUGUUCGUGUAGAUGGAAACAUCUUGUGCACUGUGGCUCCAGGAUUUCCAUUACUAGCUCAUGCACUAGUGGGAUUCAAGAGGAUGUGGCAUAAUUUUGCUUUCCCAUUUAUUGUUUGGCCAGCUAUGCCAACAUGGUGCUAUUGUUUCUUUAAGAAAGUACUUGACUAAAAAAAUAAGUAAAUAAAAAAUAAAAAAAGGGGAAAAAAAGAAAAAAGCAUGGACAUAUUUUUUUAAAGCGUAAAAACAGUUCUUUAGCUAGGUGGCUUCAUAAGGCAGCACUAGGUCUAGUCAUCACCACCUUUCAACUUCUUAUCACUCACAAGUAGCAGGCUGUUCACCGAAUUGUGAGUGUGGUGGUGUGGGGCAGAGGAUGGAAAAUGUUUAGAAUCCCAAGGUUCCAUUAUUUUGUUGGCUCUCAGCAAAACUAGCACUAUGUUACCCAAUCUGAACACCUGGAUCAAGAGCAUGAAAUAUAAAUGGGGCAAAAAAAUCCACACAAAAAACAACUUUACAGGAAAAUGGCAGAACUAAAAAGAUGGUUAAGUUACUUAUUGAUUUUUUUUUUGGGGGGGGGGGAGAGUGCUCUCUGCUCUUAAAAUAGAUAUUCAGCAAGUAGAGAAAAAUACAAAGAGAGAAAAAUGCAUACAUUCACCUUCUAAAAAUAACGUCUGCCCCAUUUCCCUUGAGUAAAUUUUUAGUAUUGGCUGGUUUAUAGAAAACAUUCUCCCUUCAUCUAAACAUCUCAGAGAGCAAUAGCUCCCAUGAGAAGCAAUCACUAAUCUCAUUGGGAAGUGUUGGAAAGUAUUCUUUGAGUUAGGGUUAUCUAUUGAUAACGAUAGAGGAGAAAUUGGGAAAAAUCAUUGAAAGAGAUGGCUAACAAUCUGUGAAGACUUUUUAAAAGAACUUUAUAUAGGCUUUAUGAAUAUCUUAAUGUUCAAAAUGACUUGGUUCUUUCUUCUUCUUUUAUAUUGGAAUAAGGGGUGAUAAGUUAAACCCACAUAGACUUUAAAGUUAUAGGCUGGAAAUGUACAUACAUUUGACUUGUCAAAACUCUAAUCAGACUAUCUAAAAUGUUUUUUGCUAUUUUUAACCUUAAAAGAUUGUGUUAAUAUUCGAGACACAUUCUGUUAGCUCUCUUCAUUGGGAAGAGCAUUCCCACUCAAAUCACCUGGGUUUUCCCAGCAAUGUGUUCAAAAGAUAAAUCUGACUUACACAUCAUUGUGCAUCAUUUAUUUUAAAUUUUUAAAUAGAAGAAUUGUGAUUCUUUAUGCCCCUCUCCCGCAAUCAUCAGAAAGUCCAGAAAUUGAGGAGGCAAAAACAAGAAGAAACAUUUUGUUGGUUUUUUGUUAUUGGUUUGUUUGUUUUCAAUGCUAGUGCUUAAUCCUAUAAUACAUAUUUGCUUAUCUAUAUUUUAAUACUCUAAAAAAAGCUUUCCUGUUAGGUAUUAGAAACUGAUGCAUAAAUAUCUUUUUUUUAAUGAUUUCUAUUAAAAAAAAAAAAGGAGAUGAGAAGACUGUCUGAAGCUUUGAGUGCAUAUGGUACAAGAUAAAGAUAUCAAUUUAAAGAACUAAGUCCUAUCUGUAACAAUGCUUUGCUUUAAGAAACUUCUUCCUAGAUAAGACAGAGGCGCAGGGAAUUUUGGAAACUGUCUUUAUUCCUCCCAGUCCUUAUUCAUUUAGUAUCUGUCUCAAAAAUAUAGAGAGGGCCUAGAAUUAAAAAUACCUCUUUAAAAACAUAAGUUUUACAUCUUACCUCUUAAUUUGACCUUCAACAUGGUCCCUUUUUUCCCCCAUUCUUCAGCUAUCAUUGAUAAGGUCUUUUGAGGGGAGAAAAAAAGAACAUUUUUUAAAUUUAAAAAACUAGAACACAAAAGCCCAAAUAUCACUUCCCAGUUGAAAUAUGAGUUAAUAUGGAGGACACAGAAUUCCUCCUACUUAACCCACAGAAUCCUUUUCAAAAUGACCUUUCACAAUCCUUAGAAUCUGCCCUCUUUUUUUAAUUGCCCAGGCCAACAGAAUCUGAAAAAUAAAUAUUACUUAUUUUCUUUUGCCCAAAAUACGCUGAUGUAAAAGUAAGAAAACUGAAAACAGAACUCUAAAAUCCCUUUCAAGCUCCCCACUGGCCCUACUCACUCACCCUCACUCACUGAUAAUAAUUCCUUACUCUGAUUUCUUUUGGAUAUUUAUCUUGUACCUGCUGCUAUACACACUGCAGGAGGGACUCUGAAACCUCAAGCAUCUCCUCACAUCUCUCCUCUGUGUCUGUGUAUCAUUAACAUGUCUAUUCAGUACUUUCAAAAACUUUCAAACAUCAUGCAGCUCAGAUUCAGUUUACAUAAGGGCCCCAAAUACCAUGUCUAUCUCUUUUUGCUAAGAGGGUUAAUAAACUCUGAGAAAUGGGAUUACAUCAUGGGUUUUGCUUCAUAUGUUUUUAUCACACUCACAGGCCAAGUGUGAUAAAUAAACUUAUAGACACUGAAUUAAUUUUUCCAGCUACUUUGGAAGCAGAAAAUGGGGUUCAAUGACUUGGUCAUUCAUUUCAUCUGUCUUUGUGCACAAGCAUAGUUUUCAUUAAGUGAACUCUGAUUGUAUUUGAAAUUAUUAUUCAUUUAUGGCAGAGGAAUAUCAAUCCUAAUGACUUCUAAAAUGUAACUAACUAGUCAUUAUCUUACAUUUACUGUUUAAUAAGCAUAUUUUGAAAAUGUAUGGCUAGAGCGUCAUAAUAAAGUGAUAUAUCUUUCUUUAGUAAUCACAUU